AACAACCAUGGCAACCAAGCUCGUCAUUCUAUGUUUACUUUUGUCGGUACUGGGCGUAACCGCCACCGGGCCCAAGGUUUCAUACGCAAAAAAAAUGGACCCCAAGACCCUUAAGAUGGACAGACACUUCCUGCUCCAUUUCCAUCUCUACUGGCACGACACCGUCAGCGGCGCCAAGCCCUCCAGCGUCGCUGUUCUGCCGCCACGCAACAAGGCCACCGUCUUCGGUCAACUCAACUUGUUCGACAACCCUUUGACCAUCGGCCCCGAACCCAGCUCCCGACGGGUGGGGCGCUCCCAAGGGAUGUACGCGGGGACGGCCCAUGACCAAAUCGGACUCAUGAUGGGCAUGACCUUCGCCUUCACUACCGGGAAAUACAAUGGCAGCUCCUUCACCGUGUUCGGCAGGAACGCCAUCACGGAACACGAGCGGGAGAUGCCGGUGGUCGGGGGAACUGGGAAGUUCCGGUUUGCUAGAGGCUAUGCGUUGGCCAAAACACAUCAUUUGAACCCCGACACGUUCGAUGCGGUCGUUGAGUACGAUAUUUAUGUGUUGCAUUAUUAAAAAUGCUU